AUGCUGCUGUUCGCUUCGCCGGCUGUCCCGCAGCUUGCUGCCAGAGCCGUCCCUGCUCCACCGUCUGAAUCUUCACCUCAGGCCUAUGCCAGAGUGAGUGCUCAUGCUUCAGACGACUUGCAGCGAACAAGGGGGAGCAGCCACGCAUGGAUGGCCCCGCUUGCGGCCUCUGUUGCCUGCGCAAUUCGUGCAGGACGCAGGCGGGUGGCGAGAAGAAGGUCAGUGGUGUUGCGAAGAGCCGCCACGGCAGACUCUAUGGCCACCUUGAUGGCUAGAGCCUGUCCGGACCUGGCCGCGGUGGCUGAGGUUGGAGAAAGCAGGGCCGGCGAAGGACUUGGACUCUUUGCAACCAGGUCGUUCAGCGAGGGCGACGAAAUCUGCGCGCUCCGCUUAGACAAGGCGGCGAUCAUGCAGGUAGACCAGGCAUUGUCUGACAAGCUUGAAGGGGGAGACUUCGCAGCACUGGCCUUCCAGGUGCUGAAAGCGUCUCGUUCGGAGCAGCAUUGCUCUUCCUCUCCGAAUGUCGUUGCCAUGCCUGCCGAAGUAUUGCGGGUGGGGGCGAGCAGAUUGCUCUGGGAUGACUUUGCCGUGGCAGUGGCGAGGGCAUGUUUCGAAGCCUGGACGAUGUCCACAAGCCGCCGGGGCGGUGAUGCCCAGUCCCAGUGCUCACGACUGGAGGCGGAAGUUGCCGAGCUGCGGUCAGAGCUGGCUGAGUCACAGCAGUACCGGGCAUUCAGCCAAGCGAAGAUAAAGCGGCUGGAGCAGCAGCUGCAGAUAGAGCAGGAGUGGUGCCUGGAAGCUUCGCGGUUCUGCGGCAACCGUGUAGACAAUUGCAGCGACUCCACAGGCCCCCCGUUCUCACAUUCAGGCAGCCCCGUGGAUCAGAGGCUGCCCGAGCCCGGAGCCUUAGACCGGGCACUUCUGGAGAGGGAUCAGGCGAGACUGGAGCGGGAAGAGAUGCGACUUGAGUUGGCAGCGCUGCAGGUGCUCUGCCAGGCCAGAGACGUGCAUGCCGUGGCACCGCUGGCGGAUCGGGGCACUCGGCCCGCCUCGCCUUCCAAGCGCCCGGCUCUCGCGGUCCGCGCUGAGCUAGCGGCGGCGGCCAGGCAGCUGGAAGACUGCGUCGCAGUUUUGGGCGGGCAUUCAGCGGGUCUGUCGUCUCCAAGCAAGAGCCCGACCCACUCAUGCAAGUCCACAUGGCUGCCCAUGUCCCGCACAGACUCCAGACCUAGAGCCGCUUCAGCACAGAGGUCGUCACCCAAGACGGGUGCUGUGCUCCAAGAAGCUUCCAGUCCGUUUUUUGCUGCCGUCCAGAAUCUGCUUGACUUUGAGCAGCUGCGGAGCGGGACCUCGCCUCCAGAGCGCUCGGAAGCGAUUCAGAAGCUUUCGGAGCUAACUGCCUCUGUUGCCCACAAGCUGCAAUCAGCAUUCUGCCCCUGGCGCACCAGGCCGAGUGCUUGGAAGGACUGGAUCAACAGCGGGGUCAGCGCUCCUGACACCCAUCCGCUGAAAUUGCUGCUGUCAGAUCCACAGCUGGCGAAGUAUCUCUGGAGUUGCACGACUUGCGGUGGCCAGAUGUCCGGCACGGCUUUGCAGGUUAGAGACGACAUGGAGCAGUUGCAGGGAAGCACAACCCUCGAGGAGUGGACGGACUCCCUAGCAUUGGCCAUGUCGAGAUCUCUUUGCGAAGAUCGCGACGGAAGGCCUCUCUUGAUCCUUGGCGCUGAUCUUCUGCAGGCAGCGGAGGAGCCGGUGGUGCAGCUGAAGCCUUACUAUGCGAAGGAGGGUGCUGUAAUGGGCCUCGGUGGCUCUGGGCCCGAGCGCUUCAUGGGCAUCAACGUUGUGGCCAUCGAGGACAUUGAGGUUGGAACGGAGCUGACGGCAGCCUACUUGCCGCAGCCGCAUGGCGGAGGCUUCCUGGAGCGCUUCGGCUUCGUGCCCCAGUGGCUGCAGGGUGAUCUGGCCGAGUCUGCGGCGCGGCUCUGCUUUGCGCCAGUGGAUGAAGACGAGGACGACUUCGGUGGCGUCAAGGAGAGCUGCCUCGAGGAUUUGGGGCUGACAACAGCCCCCAUGUCCUUUGUCUUCAGCUUGAGCGAAGGAAUCCUGUCGCCACGAGAGUCGGAGGACUGGGAUUCCAAGUCCGAGCUUGAGAAGAUGGUCCACUUGCUCCGCUUUAAGUGCUGCAGUGGUACGGACUCCUUUCUACUGGAUGCUGUCUAUGUGAACCGUUUCUGGUAUAACUGCAACUUUCGCAUCUCCCGGGACAACGAGAUCGCUGUCUGCCAAACCGCCAUCGACGAGUGCAAUCGCUGGUUGGAGCGGUUUGACGGGGCGGAGGCCGGUGCAACAACAGAGGAGCCGGUGUCGCCGUCGAGAAGAGGAAGCUCGUCCCGUGAGGUGGCUCGGGAAGUCAAGAAACCACGAAAUGUCGCAGCAUUUGCGGUUUUUGGGGCAUGUGUUGCUGGAGCGGCGUGGCAUCAGGUACAAGAACGCCGACGAACAACAGACCUCAUUGCAGCUUUCGAUGUCGGGCAAGAUCAGCAUCUUUCCUCGAAGGAGCUGGCCGCGCUUCUACAAGCCAACGGGGUGGACGUCGGCCAGGACCAAGUAAUGCGAUUGUUUGGUCGAGUGGACGACGAAGGUGACGGCUUUGACGGUGUGGAACUGACACAGAUCCUUCGAAUCGUUUCGGGCCUGCCUGCCGUCUCCCAAAGGAUUCACGAGGCGGCGGCAUCCGGAUACAGCUGGCUUUUCGAUGUAUUUCUGUGUGCAGUUGCUGGCACUGGUCUGUACUACAUGGUCGGUCAGUCAAAUGCCAUGGAGAAGCGCUGGCUUCAAAGCUCUUUCCGGGGAGCUAUCCAGUUCCACCGUAUGGAAAGCAAAUGCCAGAAGUUGGACGGCCAGCUGUCCACACUGUCGAAAGAGCGUACCAGAUUGGAGAACAGUCUACAGGAGCUUGGGACUGCAAGCGACAAAAGCGAGGAGCGAGUACGCCUUUCCUCGCGCCUAGAUGUGGUCAUGCAAAAGCAGAAGGUGACCACUGACCAGCUUCAGACAGAAGUGCAUCAGUGGCAAGAAGCCGCCAAGGAGGCUAUGAAGCAAACCAGCAAUGUCAAGUCGAAAAUGGCCAGCAUGAUGAACUGCAUCAAAGGUCUUGAUGCUUUCAGUGGGAGCGGAAGGAUGCGGUUUGACAAGGAUGGUGCGCAGCAAGGCUUCUGCCAGACGUCCAGUGUGGGUUUUAGUCUUGAUACGAUUACUUUCGGGACCAUCGAUAAUGGCAAGCUGCUCCUCUUCGAAACGUCCAAGAACCAAAAGAUCGGAGAAGGACGUGACUCUGCAUACCGAUGUAAAGAGCUGGAGACCGGAGAAGAGUUCGCUUUGAAGAUGUACACCAUGGGCAAUCUGAGACAAAGGCGCUCCAUUCUCCAUGACCUCUAUGCACAUCGUCUCCAGGUCGGCAAGCAUCCUCGGAUUGUGAGCUACGAGCGCGUGAUCGAGUCAGAGACGACCAUCUUCGUACUCAUGGAGCUCCUGGCAGGCAAAGAUCUCUUCGACAUUAUUUGUGCGCAGAAGUUGACGGAAGACCAAGCACGCCCACUGUUUCGGGACCUGGUGCAAGGACUUCAGCAUCUGCAUGCACACGACGUCAUACACUGUGAUGUCAAGCCCGAGAAUGCCAUGGUUCUUGGCAACAUCGAGGAAGGGACCGCUCACCUGAAGUUGAUCGACUUCGGCUGUUCCUGCUUCCGUGAGUUUGUGCACGAAGAGUCGGAGACGAGGGCAUGCAUAGUGCAAGACCGCUACAUGCCGCCAGAACUCGGCGCUGCCAAAAACGUAUUCCCAACCUUUGCAACGGACAUGUGGCGUGUUGGUUGUACGCUCUACUUGAUGCUCAUGCAGUGCCCGCCCUUCCACGAUGACUCUCAGACGACGGCGGGCAUCCAAACUCGCCAACAAGGUCGCUUCUACAAGCCUGCCGGAUUUUCAGCGCUUUCGACCGAAGUGCAGGAUCUUAUUACGUGCCUUCUGGCUGGAGAUGCAAAGAAAAGGCCAGAAGCAGAGGAAGUUCUGCAGCAUGCCUGGCUUUUGAAGGCGAAUUGA